AGGAGCACCAUUUUCUUUGCAUGCUGAUAAGAGGUUUCAAUACGAAGGCAACAAUGACAAAGAAGAAGCAAACGUAAACAUCUGAAUAAUGGAGGGGUCUUUGGAAAGAAAGGUGUUCCGUUUCUGCCCUGAAUGUGGCACAAAGUUGAAGCCCUCUUACAAAUACUGUCCUUCAUGUGGGGAGAAAAUCCCUUGUGGCGCAGAUGCUCCUGCAUUGGAGAGCAUUUCAUCUCUUCCAAAUUCCUCUCCACCUAAAGGAUAUGAACCCAUGAGAACAAAUCAAGCGUCCAGCAUAAGUCAUGAGGCAACAGACGUGAAUGGAAGUCCCUCUUCUGUUUUGCGGAAGACCCGUAACUCUGUCCACCUGGACAGGGAAGAAAAUUCAAGCGUAAAAGAUGACUCCCCUCCUAGAACACAAGAUGACAGCAUGCCUUCACCAACGCAAACUCCAGUCAAGCGUGUUAAGAAGGCGUCACCUGCCGAGGCCCCUCCCCCUUCUGUCUUCAAAUCUACCAGAUCUGGAAGGGGCAGACGUUCGAUUGCGCAAUCGGUGGAGGAAGAUGAGAAAAAGCCAGAGGACCCGAAGACCACAGAGGAAUCCACUGUGGACAACCCCCCUCAGACGUUUACCUCUCCUCUUCCGUCUACAGCCGCCAAAUCACCUUUUAAAGCAGGACAGAACAAAGGCAAAAAGUUGCCUGUCUUGGAGCGACUCAACGACGGCGAGGAGCUCACGGACAACACAGGCAGCAAGUGGACGUUGGUCAAGCUGCUCAGUCAGAGCGCGACAGAGCUCGUGUACGAAGUGGCGCAAAAAGGCUCAUGGAACUCCUCCAAAGAAUCUGCUUUCAUCCUUAAAUUGGGAUCUGAACGUGGGAGAAUCUACAGAGAGCAGAACUUUAUACAGAGGGCUGCCAAACCUAUAUCUGUGACCAAGUGGAUCAGACAACACGAGCUGGACUUCCUCGGAAUCCCUUCCUGCGUGGGCUUCGGCCAUACGGACUCUUACAGGUUCCUAGUUUUUCCCGCCAUGGGGAACUCUCUCCAGUUGCUCAUAGAAAACCAGCUCCUUACUGAGAAGACUGUUCUUCAGUUGGCCUGCAGAAUACUGGACGUGCUGCACUACAUCCACUCCAACGAGUACGUGCACGCCAACAUCAACGCCGACAGCAUCUACAUACGAGUCGAACCAAAUACAGAGGUCUAUCUGGUGGACUACUACCACGCCUCCCGCUUUUGUCCGGGCGGAAUCCACGUGUCUUAUCGGCAAGGCAGCCAAGAGCUCCACGAAGGCUCGCUAGAGUUCAUCAGUGUAGAUUGUCAUCAACGAGUAGUCCCGUCGCGGCGUAGUGACCUGCAGUCGCUCGGCUACUGCAUGCUGUUCUGGCUCACGGGGAUGCUGCCGUGGCGCGGAAUCGUCGAUCCUGAGCUGGUGGCCGACCUCAAGCAGAAAUACUUGGAUGACGUUCCAGCACUAAUGAGCCACUGCUUCGGGAAGAAUAACAUUUCAAGCACAAUUCGGAGCUACAUGGAGACCGUGUCGGAGCUCCAGUACACAGAGCAGCCGGAUUACACCGAACUGAAAGACAGGCUCUCCCAAACUUUGUCACAACUUGGAGGCUCUGUCCAAGGGCCCCUCAGCUUUUAGCCUAGGAUAAAACCUGAAAAUAUUUCAGAGUUGGAAUUUUUAAAAAAAUCUGAACUCAAUGUGCAGUAUUCAUAGCUUUUAUUGCUACUGCUUAUUGUUGACAAAGUGAACGUCUAAAAAUGUCAUUUUUGUUUAACGCACUGAAAUAAACCAAUACAUGUGAAUGAAGUCGGAAGGCUUGUUUUCAAGAAAACUUUAUAAAGUUUGAACAUUUCUCAACAUAAAACAUUUCAGGACAUAUACAAUUCUUUAUAUGAAACAGUAAAUAUCUCUUAUGGUGAACACUCUUAAAAGUAAUUCCAAAAUAAACACUGUCAUUAGCCUGUUCGCUCCCUUUCCCCUCCCUCCCCCCCA